AUGGCUAACGGCGAUGUUUGUGCCGACUGUGAGCGGCCUAAUGCUGCCCACAAGGCGAAGACCACGAAUCUCGGUAACCGCGCGCAUAUGAAAGAAGAUAGGGCGACGAUAUUGAUGAUACGCUCAAUUCUGGAACCACCAAUGGAUCCUCAAGAGAUUAGGACCCUACACGACAAAGACCAGGACUCAAGAUGGUUCGGCGUUGUCAAAUCUUCGGACGGUAGAAAAUCAGAGUUUUAUGACUUUGGCCGAUACGGUCAAAUGAUGCUGGACAGUCGGCCACUCGGCGGGGCGGCCAGAUACCCUAAACUUGUCUCCUUCAUCGGGGACACCUACGCUGGCAAAAGCACGAUUGUGAAAGCCCUGGUAUCUCAUGGCGGCUUGGUAUCUACCGAAGCCGACCGCACGUCCUUCCAUACCCCAGUGCCGGGCUCCAGAGCCAACGAAGGGACUGCCACGUCGGAAGGCGUACACUUGUACGCAGAUCCCGAGCAUCUAGAGGUUGCGAUGCCUAUCCUCUACGCUGACUGUGAGGGCCUAAACGCGGGUGAAAAGGUACCUUUCGCCGUGGAAGAUUCCUCACAUUCCAAGAGGGCAGCAAAAGAGUCAGGAGGGCCAAGGAAAGUGAGAAAGAAAAUGCCUGCGAGGUCUGUCCCCAUUGAAUGGACAAAGGCAAACGAUCCAGUCAAGGGCACUCGAGAAUAUGCUGUCACCAAUCUUUACCCCAGGUUUCUCUAUACCUUUUCUGAUGCUAUUGUUUUCGUCCAGAGAAAUCCAAACCAACUUCACAUCACUUACAAGUACCUUGUCGACUGGGCAAAGCGCAGCGUCGAAAAAUCCCUGAACCAACCUAUCCUACCCAGCGCGAUAGUCGUGCUUAACGCUGUUGAGGUUGCUGGUAAAGACGAGAGAUGGACGAUUGAGGACGCGACGAAGAGCUUCUUCCGAGAUGUUGAAGGGAUCACAACCACUGAACAUGAUCUCAGAGAGCUCGCGAGGAACUUCGCUCCCGAAGGGGAUUACCGCAGCUUGUCUGCACGCGAGUUGCUUGAAUGCUACUAUCGAUCUGUUCGCGUGAUUCGCAUUCCCGCGAAGAGCUCCGAGACGUACAACUUGAUCAACAACCAGAUCUUGCAGCUCCGAGAGGAAAUCGUCAGCGUCUGUCAGACCGCUCACUACGAGAAAAGCAUCAAACGCCGGCUGGCCAACGCCGAUGACUUGCAGCAAUACCUACAAGCGGGUUUCGAGCACUUUGCCAAUGACAUUGAACGACCAUUUGACUUCAGAAUGGUUUCUACUCGUAAUAAACUCAUUGCCCACGACUUCGGCGAUCACAUUUUGACGUUGGCAAGAACAAUACACGAGAGUACUCGUCACGAGCUUCUCCAACCGAAAAUGCUCCUCGGUGGCUUAUGUUCGCUGAUAGCAUCGUGCAUCCUGUUGGACUACGUCCGGAAUAACUUGCAGGGGCCUGUGCUUGAUUACUUCCCGAAAGACUACGCUCCCUUCUGCCGGACAGCUUUACACAUGUUUUGUAACGAUAUAAUGCCUUGUGAAUAUACAAGUAAGAGAAUUCCGCACUGCUGCAAUGUCAAGUCCGCCCACGACAAGGGCCACCAGAACGAGAAGGGUAAGAGAGAAAUUGGACCAUACAAAUCUUCUCUUAUGGCUUCUUCAUACGAAAAGGUCUGGCUGAAGAAGAUCGAAGACAAUCUGAAGGCGCUGAACAGCACCUUUAUACAAGAGCUUCGUUCAAGGUAUCCGCUACACAAACAAUCGCGAACAGAUUUGUCUGGCAACCAUGAAGGUCAUAUCUCGACAGACAUGAAAUUGGUGUCCAAAUUACAUGACGAGAAGCUCGCCGAGUUCUUCUCGUCUCAGAUCAAGUCUUCCCGGGACUUCAUCAGUUGUGUGAGCUGCUUUCGAUGUCUGAUGGCUACGCCUGAACAUGCGUUGGAGUGUGGUCACAUCCUCUGUGACUCUUGCAUUCGAGAACAUGGAGAGGAACAAGAUGAUCUUAUCACACUGGUCGGAAGCUGUCCUCUACAUGGCGGAAAGAGAUACAUGAACUGGGAAAUCGCCAAAAAGCCCGAGUUCGCUGGUCUGAGGAUUCUGUGCCUGGACGGGGGUGGAAUCCGUGGCAUCGUGGAACUUGAGAUUCUGGCUGCCAUUGAGAAUUGUAUCAACAACUACCACUCGACGCCAGGGAUUCAAAUUCAGCAACUGUUCGACCUGAUUGUGGGAACGAGCACCGGUGGUAUUGUCGCUCUCGGCCUCGUCGCCGCCCAAUGGUCUGUUUCUGAAUGCACGCGCAGAUUCAAGUCUCUUUGCAAAACAGCAUUCUCCGAGCGGGAAUUCGCAGACACGAUCUUUGAGAAGCUGGCGACUUUGAACCACGGAAGCAAAUACAGGACGACCCCAUUGCACAGAGUUUUGCAAGAGUCCUUCGGUGACGACCUUCUCUUCGGGGGCAAGAGUAAUGCCGCGAGAUACUCCACGAAGGUGGCUGUGGUAUCUACGUCAGGCACCGGGAACCGAGCCUUGAUCAUGGCCAACUACAACCGACAGCAAACUUCUGAUCCUGGAUACACUCUGGAGACGGCUCGGACCCCGAGUGAAGCGUUUCAUGUCUGGGAAGCUGCCGCGGCUACCUCAGCAGCUCCGUCCUACUUCAAACCUUUCGUGAGGCGAGGAAGGACAUACCUUGAUGGGGCCAUCAAUCACAACAACCCCGUGAUUGUCGCGAAAAGAGAGCGAAGGUUGCUAUGGCCAGAUGUCGAAUCGCGCCACCCGGAUAUCUUUCUCUCCCUUGGUACGGGUCAAAACGCUGCUGAGAUGAGCCGAAGACUAGAAAAGUUGUCUGGCCAUUCGAGAGAGGACCAUUUGAGGAGAAAGCAGCAGAAUGAAGGACCGCGGGAUUCUCGAAAGCGCUACCGGGCCAUGAAAGGCAUCAAAAACUAUUUCAGCGUUCUUGUUGAUAAGAUCGACAAUAUCCUCGACACCGAAUGGUCCUGGCACGAGUUCUACCGCGACACGGUGGGCGAGCAGUGGGCAACAGAAUUCGCGUCCCAUUAUUUCCGCAUCAACCCUGAUCUCAGACAAAAGCCACCGCCGCUAGAUGCAAAGCAUGACGUGGAUCACCUGCGAGGGAUGGUAAACAAGCUGCUCAGACAGCCUCCGUUGUCCCGCGAGGUCAUAGAAAUUGCGAACUCGCUCGUUGCCAGCACCUUUUACUUCAAGAAGGACGAGUCUCAUGUCUUUGGCGACAAGCAAAAUCGCGCUUUUGUUUGCACAGGUCAUAUUCGCUGCAAACUCGCUCACCAGGACCAGAGCAUCAAAACUCUGGCCGAAUUUCUGCAAAACCACAUCAUCGGGGACUUUGUUCCCAGCUUUGUUGCGAAGAGGCGUUUAACCUCGUCGGAAGAAUUCACGCUCUUUGACCUCGACAAAAAGUUCCUUGACGACAUGUACACUCGCAAAGUGUUCAAAGGGACGUACCAUGCGGAGAUCGAGCUUCGAGACCGUGAAGAAUCGGUAUACAUCCUCCUGCGGCUGAGACAACCCAACUCGAAGCCAAACAAAGUCCACACUUGUGAUUAUCCGAUCAGCGGCUUCCCUCGCAAGUUCAUUGUGGAGAACGAGAGAAAUGCAUCGAGACUGCAGAAGCGAGUGCAGGAGCUGGCAAGACGUCGUGAAGCUGCGAGCGAGGCGGCUGCUUCUUUGCCACUGUCACCAACCAUCCAACCCGUUGCCUCCAGAUCGUCGUACAACAUUACUCGCGUGUCGACUACAGAGAGCCUGACGGAUUCGGAUACGGAGCAGGACGACGGUCUCUUGUCAGAGCAAGUGCUGAAAGAGUAUGAGGCGUGGUCCAUACGAGACUGA